GCAUGUAUACGCUACCAACUGCAUGGUCACUCUUUGAUUCUCCAUACUUUUCCCGGCAGAGAAUGCAACUCAGCGCGUUCGUAAGACUCUUCGGGUGUGUGUGUGCGUGUUUGUGUGUGUGUGUGUACCGUAAUAUUUCUGGAAGUACUCCGUCAAUAAAAAUAAAAUUUGACAUGCAUAUCUAUUUUUGUAUUUAAAAUUCGGGAAAAACAGUUAUUUUUUAUUUUCUCAAAUAUAUUUUUUACAGACAUUUUUUGAUUUUUGAAAAACACUAUUUUGCGUUUUUUUCAAUCAUCUCAUUGUUACAAACAAUUCAGCUAUAAUGCAUUUAAAUGAGAAUUAAAUUACCUACUUUUCCUUGUUUGGUUCUCGGGAUCGACCGCUUUGUUCGGCAGAUAAAAUGAAAAAGGUGUUUUUUUUUAAUUCAUAUCUCUGAAACUAAGCAUCAUAACCUCGCAAAAAAAUUAUGUCGAUGAGUCACGUGUCAAACUAUAUCCUAUUAAAAUUUCAAGUGAUUUGACUACUUAUUUUUUCAAUAAAAAAUCGAAAAAUUAAAAAAACUCAGUUUUUUGUGCCUUGAUUACGGACGUAAAAAGGCUUUAUUGCACUUGAGAUUUUGGAAUAAAGUAGAUAUUUUAUAUGUUUUGACUAAGUAUAUUGCACAGCUUUCAAACCCCUAUGUUUCGUAAGAUAUCAAGGUUUCAAAUUUUUUUUUGAAAAUUGUUGGUUUCUUAUAUCUCUAAAACAAUGUAGUCAAAUGCUUCAAAAUUUAAUUUGGUGAUUCACCAUAAAAAAGCUAUCUGCUGCUAAAAUUUUAAACGAUUUCGUCGAGCGGUUUUCAACUAAAGAGCUAAAAUGUAAAAAUCGUUUUCUCGAAAAUUGCGCGAGCGACCUAUCUAAUGAAUAGCCUGUUGUUUUGAUGGUUAGGUUGGUUAGUACAUGUACUAACAGAAGGGUCUGCAAACUUUUGGACCAUGAACCAUCCAAAACUUUUAUUAAAUUAUGUAUCAAAAGCCGCCUCAUACAUUAGCAAGCAGAUAUAUAGUUAUAUUAAAAUAAUAUUUUAUUUAUUGGACCUAUAAAUUUAGUUGGAGGAAGCUACAUGCCAAUUAAUUGACAGCGUUUUUUUUUUGUUUAAAUAAAAUUAUUAAAAAAUAAAUAUUUUGGAGCUCACAACCAGACUUUUGGUAUUAUCAUCCAGAUGUUAACACCUACUUAGACUGUUAUUAUGUGAAUUUAAUGAAUUUGAAUAAUUUAAAACAACUUAGAAUAAAAAUAUUCAACGUUACAAAUUGUUUGAUGAUUGUCACCUGAUAAUCAGCUGACGUUUUGGCAUGAUUAUCAGUAGAUUAUGAUUGUUAUUUGCCUUUUUUCAGUAGGGAUAUAAUCACAAUAUUUUUUAAUACGAUGGUCGAAUGAUUUCUUGCUAUUAGAAAGAAUUCAGGGCGCGUACUCUCUCCCCUUUUAUAAACGGCCUCCACUAUUUUCCCCUUUUUCUUAAAAUCCUCCCCUAUCAUUCCUAUAAUUGAUCAUCCUCCUUAUUAAUGAUCACAUCGAAAUCAAACGCCCACGAAUUUACUUACAGCUAUGUUUUAAUAACGCAUAUAUGAAUCUGUACGUUAUGCGAGUAUUAGUACAUUACGAUACUAGUGGCAUAAGUCGUACUUUAUGACAUGAAGAACGAUUUAUGACACGUGUAUCGCACAUUAUUUUAUAGCAUCUGCCUGACAUAAGUCCGCUGUCACGCCUAUCCGUGGCAUUAGCAGUCCUUUUUUUCAUCGUACGGUUAGGAAUGCACGGUGCAAUAAAUGAAUACUUAUUCCACGGCGUGACAUAAAUGCAGAGAAGAGACGGGACUUUAUAUCGUCGCUCCUUACGAAUUCCUUCUGUUCAAAUUAUCCCGUCAUAAGUAGCACAACUCAUUUGACGCACGCUAGACUGGCACAACUCAAAAUUUUCCGCGAAGACUAGCACAACUCAAACUUUAAACAACCAAAUUCUAUAAAAAUUUCCAGAUUUCUGCGAAACUGUCCCUAAUGAACAUUUUUAAAUAUUCACAAUUUACUUUUACCGAAUUUAAAAUUGUUUUCACAAAUACAAUAAUUUUUUUAAUUAUUUACUUUUUUUAGAAACCUAAAAUUUCCGAAACCUUUUAAAACUUUGAGGUUUGUCUGUCUUUUUCCAAGGUUUUCAUGAAUUUAACCAACAAAAUAAUCCAAUAAAAACGUGAAAUACUCACAUUUUAACAAAAAAUAUAAGGAAAACAAAAGUGAGAGAGUCAACCCUUGUAAAUAAAAAACUCCAACACAUAGAUAUUUAACUGACGACGUUUCGUUGGUUUGGUUCCCAACAUCUUCAGAUCAAUUUUUGUAAAUGUUACAUUUUUAUGCAGAGGAACUUUCGAGAAACGUUUGUAGCAGUUAAUUAUAGAACGAAAUAUUAACAUCCAUAUUUUAACGCUAAUCAUACUUCAUAGAUAAAAUGAAGCAAAACGAAAAUUUUAUUGGAUGGCAGAUUAUCUGGUGGUUAUUUACCAUUCUUGGUAUUCCAAUUACCCUGCCGUGGUUAAUAUAUAAUUUACAUGAUAUCAUCAUGUACAAACGUAGAAAAGCUAUUCUUCGUGGCAAGAUUGUUAUGAUAACUGGUGCAAGUUCUGGAUUGGGAGAAGCAUUAGCCCAUGUGUUUUAUAGCUGUGGUUGUAGGUUAAUUUUAAUAUCUAGAAGAAAACAGGAAUUGCAAAGAGUAAAAGAUGCAUUGUUAAACACUCAUCAUACUGUUCCAACCCAAGUGCCUGUUAUUCUUCCUUUAGAUUUAACAGAAAUCAACUCUUUGCCUGUGGAAGUUGCUAAAGUUUUAAAAAUGUAUGGUCGUAUAGAUAUAUUAAUAAACAAUGCUGGCAUAUCGUAUAGAGGAGAAGUUAUUGACACCAAAGUUGAUGUUGAUAUUAAAGUAAUGUUAAUUAACUACUUUAGCCAAGUUGCUUUAACUAAAGCUGUUUUACCAUGGAUGGUUAAACAAAAUUUUGGUUAUAUUGUGUAUACCAGUAGUAUCCAAGGCAAGGUAGCUAUUCCGUUUCGAUCAGCAUAUGCAGCUUCAAAACAUGCUUUACAAGCUUGGUGUGAUUCAGCAAGAGCUGAACUUUCUACGAAAAAUAUUAAAAUGACUAUUGUGAACCCUGGUUACAUUCAUACAGCUUUAUCGCUGAAUGCAUUAACAAGUAAUGGACAACAAUAUGGAAUAAUGGAUAAAACAACAAAAAAUGGUUACUCGCCUAAGUACAUAGCAAUUAAAGUAUUAAAAGCCAUGCUAAGAGAAGAUAAAGAAAUCACAAUAGCUACUUUUACACAAAAAAUUGCUAUUUUAUUACGAGUUUUGCUUCCUUCAGUUUAUUUUUGGAUCAUGCAACUAAGAGUAAAAAACUUUUUAAAAAAUAAAUAAUUUUAAUGCUUAUAUAUUACGAAUUAUGUAAAUAAAAAAUUCAAACAAUUUAUAGGGCAUAUACAAUUAAAAGAAGUUUAUGCAUGAUCAUA